AAAUGUUAUCUAAUUUGAAUAACUUCCAGUGUUGUUGUGGAGUCGUUUUUAUUUUAAUCAUAAGUGAAAUAAUAUUGAUCGAUAUUCUUUUUAUUUCUAUUGUAGACGGUAGGCCAAAUAGUAUAUGUUUAUGUAUAAGAGCUUGACUGAUAAAAUUAUCCACCUCCACGGAAUGAUACGGUUAUGGAAUAUAUAAUAUAUUUUUCAGAUAUCAAUGCAUCUACUUCGAAAAAUCGAUAAGGAUUUCCAACUGAUUCAACGUACAUUUUCGGGGGAAGGGUUUUACAUCCUUCUUUUUCUCACUUCUCACCAUUAUAAAGCACCUGUUUACAAGUGAUUAUUUUUUGGAUGGUUCGAUGAAAAUAGACCGCAAAACAGGGCUGUAGUAUAAUCGCCAAUUCCAGAUUAUCCGUCAACUGAAACUAGUAGAAUAAUUUUGCAUCAUUCGAUGUUUGACUGUUCGAAGCAUGGAAAAUGUCGUUCAGUAGGAGUACUGGCAACCAGCAAUCAAUUGCAAAGGCAAAUGCGUGCUGCGCAUGCUCUGUUGAAGCACCCCUAGUCACCCCGCCCACUACUAUGGGCAACUGAGGGGUGCGGUGCUCUUGCAUUGGACAAAAACUCACACACACUCGCAUCUCACACAUAUCUCAUAGCGAGGGGAGACUCUAUCGUUCGAGUAUUUCAUUUUGCAUAAGAGAUCAACGUAUGGAGCGAAAAAGAGCGUCAAAAUAUAAGGUGUAGGAAAGGAAUGCUUGGUCAGGACUGUAGGGAGUAUCACCAUUACCAGCAGCAGGCGCCUCCUUCAGUGCCAGCUGCCACGGCUUCAUCCUGUCCACCGUCUUCUAGCAUUCUCAAAAAAUGUUCUUCAAAGCAGAAAAAAUUGUCAUGCUGCAGCCUUAUUUCUUCACUAUUAUCUAGUGUGGGCAUUUGUCUAUUGGUGGUUGCCUACACGGUUCUCGGGGCGAUCACGUUCACAACUCUGGAAGCCGAAUCCAGAAGUGGAAUAGGAACCGGAACCGGAAGUAACACCGUCCAUACUGCUGCGCCUCCAUCCGAUGACAAACUCCUCCGCUCGCAAACCGUCGAAAAGCUCUGGAGCAUCACUGAAGAUCUCAACAUUCUCUACAAAGAGAACUGGACUCGACUCGCCGAGCAGGAGGUGCUCAAGUUUCAGGACUCUUUGGUCAGGAGAUACAAGAAAACGACAGGAGCAAAAACCAAUCAUAUAUGGAGCUUUGCUUCGUCGUUCCUCUACUCGCUCACGCUAAUAACGACAAUAGGUUAUGGUAGUAUCUCUCCAAGAACAUCAUGGGGUCGCUUGAUGACCAUAAUCUAUGCUCUGAUAGGAAUUCCUUUGAUGUUGGUAUAUCUCUCAACUGUGGGUGACAGCCUUGCGAAAAAUUUCCGCCGCUUAUAUGCAAGAUUCCACUGUUCGAGUUCGAAUAGCAAGUCACAGAAAAAGACUGACAUGGCAAAACCAGCUCUACAAAAUCACAUUCCGGUCGAUAAGAAGUCAGACAACAUGAUUGAUAAAAUGCAUAACAUCAAAAUGUGUGUUGCUGGUGAAGUUCAUUCUCCUUAUCACAUAGAUUCUCACCAACAGAGAGUUCCCAUUUCAAUAACUUUAUCCGUUGUAAUAGUGUACAUUUCUGGUGGAGCCCUACUUUUCAACAGAUUAGAGAAUUGGACAUUUUUGGAAGGAUCGUUUUUCUGUUUCACUAGCUUGGGAACAAUCGGCUUUGGUGAGCUUGUUCCUGGCACAAUAGACUCCAACAGUGAGGAAAUCUCUGUGUUCAUUUCGUCAGCAUACAUACUGAUAGGCAUGGCAGUGAUUGCAAUGUGCUUCAAUCUAGUGCAGGAUGAAACAGUUCUGUUUGCACGGAAGGUGAUGCUGUGGAUGCAGAGGAAUGAUAAAAUGACCAAAGAAGAGCCGGAUGCUGUAGCAAUGUCGGUUGUUCCGUCCUGACACAGGGAACCUCCCUCAGGAUGCGAGACGUUGCAGUCUGUACCAAACAAGCCGCCAUUACCACCGAUGCUACUCACAAGAGACUUGAAGCAUUACAGUCUACCUCGCAGGAAACCGACCUCUUUGCAUAGUGACACACCGUUCACUCGUGCCACACCAAUUCGAAACUCCACAACUGGUGCAAGAACCAGUUGUCAACAACAAACUACUGCUGUUGAGUACUUUGUGCCACGCAGUGUCAGCGAGUUCAACUUAUCCAUUCUGGUCGAUCCUCCUCUACCCCCCUCAGCUCUAAGAUCUUCCAACAUUCGCUCCAGAGACAAAAUGGUCACUUUUGAAGAUGACCAACUGUCAGGGCAGCAGCAAAACAUUAAACCCAUUGCUCUUGAGGACGUUUUUAUGUAGCCUCAAUCGCCUAGUGUAAUCUAGUAUACUUCUAAGCAUCUAAACAUUUAGAAGAGCUAGACUACUGCUAAAUAUCUAUAUUUCGAACAGCUGAAUUUAUUCCAAGCUAGAGAAACGUUGUACUAUUCUGUUAUUUUUCCUUUCAAUCUGUAGUUUCUUUCUGCUAGUUUUAGAACUGUCAUACAUGUAAUAUUUAAUUGAUAUGACACCAUAUGUCUUUGAAAUAGACGUUGUUUUUGACAAA